UUUCAGACAGACCUGGCAACCCUGAUUCAGCUUGGGUUGACAGGAAUGAUGUUUUUGGUCGGUGGAAGCAAAAACUCUCAUCUCUGUGCAAACAUGGAAACCGAACACUAACUCGUUUUGCUAGCAAUUUCCAGGAUGAAUGACAUCUUUGAAUAAUAUGCUGGUGUUAAAUCAAUAUGAGGUGUAACCAGCGAUAUGGAAUACGAUGAGAGACUUGCACGCUUUCGUCAGGGUCACGUCAACCCGUUUGACAGGAGUGAAAGUGAUGGCACCCCAGACAGGAAGGAUCCUCUGAAACAGGAGGUGAGACCGGAGCUCUUCUCCACAGAGACCAAGAUCCAAAACUCUGACCGAACCAUGGACCUAGGGCUGGCCGAGGACCAUUUUUCACGACCUGUGGGUUCUUUUGUGGCGUCAGACAUCGAGCAGCUGAAGCAGGCUAUAGAGGAGUGUAAGAAACUGAUCUUGGAGCUGCCGGAACAUUCUGAGAGACAGAAGGACACCGUGGCCAAACUCAUCCACCUUCGCCUCAAACUCCAGGAACUGAAGGACCCGGAGGAGGACGAGCCCAAUUUGCGGAUCCUGCUGGAGCAUCGCUUCUCUAAGGAGAAGAGCAAGAGCGUCAAACAGACGUGUGAUAAGUGCAGCACCAUCAUCUGGGGUCUUAUUCAGACCUGGUACACGUGCACAGGUUGUUACUACCGUUGCCAUAGUAAGUGCAUGAAUCUCAUCACAAAGCAGUGCGUGAGGUCUAAAGUGAGCCACCAGUCGGAGUACGAACUAAACAUCUGCCCAGAGAUUGGCCUGGACAAACAGGAUUACAGAUGUGCCGAGUGCCGAGCCCAGAUCUCUCUCAGAGGCAUCCCGAGCGAGGCGAGGCAGUGUGACUACACGGGACAGUACUACUGCAACAGCUGCCACUGGAACGACACCGCCAUCAUCCCUGCACGUGUCAUUCACAACUGGGAAUUUGAGCCUAAAAAGGUGUGUCGCUCGUCCAUGCGUUAUCUGACGCUUAUGAUCUCCCGACCUGUGCUGAAGCUGAAGGAGAUAAACCCACUACUCUUUAACUUUGUAGAGGAACUGGUGGAAAUCAGGAAGCUGCGUCAGGAUAUAUUAUUGAUGAAGCCCUACUUCAUCACCUGUAAAGAGGCCAUGGAAGCCAGACUGCUGCUGCAGCUUCAGGAUCGGCAGCACUUUGUGGAGAACGAUGAAAUGUACAGUCUACAGGACCUGAUCGACAUCUCCAGCGGUCGUCUCAGCUGCUCUCUCACCGAGAUACACACCACCUUCGCCAAGCACAUUAAACUCGACUGUGAGCGAUGCCAGGCCAAAGGUUUCGUGUGUGAGCUGUGCAAGGAGGGGGAUAUUCUCUUCCCGUUCGACAGCCACACCUCAGUGUGCCACGACUGCUCUGCUGUUUUCCACAGGGACUGUUAUUAUGACAACUCUAUGACGUGUCCACGAUGCGCCCGGAUGACCGAGCGGAAGCAGGACGAGCUGGCGGAGCUUUAGAGACGGGUUCUAACAGACGGGUUCUAACAGACGGGUUCUAACAGACUUUCACUGUGACAGCACUACGAUCAGUGCUGAAACCGGCAUUGUGAGCAUGCUUUCUUUACAGGACUGUGUUCCUGUAUACUUUUCUCUAUCUGCUGUCUUUCUUAUUCUCGUGUGCUUUUUGUGCAUCUUUGUAACACUACAGCAUCAGUGAAGGCAGGAGAGACAAGAACGAGAUGCGUGGUAGAGGUUAACUUGUACCGUCGGCAAUACAGCAUUCACGAUGAGCUCUAUGAACACGCAGGACUGAACAUGGAACACUACAAGUGUUGUAAGGAUUUUAACUGGUUUAACACUGGUUUCCAUAUAAAACCGUCUGCCAUAACCGAGCCUUAUUAAUGAGAUCGUUUUAAUGAGGUGCUUUCACACUUUUUUUUGUUUUGUUUAAAGGUUGGUGUAACUCUGGCGAUGAGGAGGCGGUUUGGAGAAUUUAAGCUGUUUGUACGACAGUCGCGUACCGGUGAACAUCCUGAAAAAUAGACACACAGUUAUUUUUUGUUGGGAUAUUGGGAGUAAAAUAUUCUCAUAUCAGCAUCUCUCAAUCACUGUAAAUCACUUUCCCCUGGAUUUGCAACCUGAUUUUCUGAAAUGUUGAAGUUGCCAAGAUGUUGUUUUUUGUUCCAUUUCAACUUUGGACUAUUGCUGAUGAAAUAUUUUCAUAAAGCUCCUUAUAUUCACUCACUAACAAGA